AUGGAAGUCUCAUGCAAGAUUUUGAGAAGAUCCGUUUAUGGUUUUCUUCAAAACUAUCACUAUUUUACUUCAUUAAUAGCUUUUCUUGUUUUUCCUUUCUCCGCUUCGAUACUCUUGUCACAAGCUUUCGUUCCUUCUCCUUCGUCUCUUUUGCCUCAAAUUUAUAACCGUUUAAGGAUUCUCUUUGAUGCUGCGGGUUUUCCUUCGUCUUCUUUAUUGUUCAAUAUUCUUAAUCUUAAGGUUUCUCAAACAAUUACUUGUUCAAUCUUUUCUCUUCCUUUUACACUCACUUUUCUUCUUGUUGCAAAAGCGUUGAUAAUUCAAGCGCUUAAACACAAUCACAAUAAAUCAGCUUCGUCUCCUUCGCUCACGUCGAUCGUAGCAGUUUACAAGCCGAUUUUCCUUACAUAUAUCUGCAACUGUUUCUUGAUUCUCUCAGCAAAUGCAUCUUCUUUUUGUCUCAUGUUUUUGGCUUUUAGUUUCGUUGAAACGCUUGGAUACUCGACGCCUGGUUUCCUUCUCUUCAUGUCAGCAACCGGAGCAGUUCUCUUUUCCGUGAUUCUUGCCAAUGCACUUGUGAUUUGCAACAUGUCACUUGCUCUAUCUGGUAUGGAAGGACAUGGAGGAUACUCCGCGAUUCUUAAAGCUUGUAUCUUGAUGAAGGGAAAGACAUCAAUGGCUUUGUUCUUAGCACUUCCUGUUAAUGUUGCCUUGGCUGCUAUUGAGGCCUUGUUUCACUUCAGGGUUGUUAGGGAAUAUAAUAUUGUUGGAGAGGCAAAACCUUUUGUGGUUUUAGAAGGGAUUUUCAUUGCGUACUUGUACUCAAUCUUCAUCAUUCUUGACACUACUGUGAGCUGCUUGUUUUACAAAAGAUUGAAGACAGAAUCAUGGAUUAUUCAAGAUGAGGACAACUAUGGUUAUAUUGGCGACAAGAAUUUCGAAGAUCUACCGUAA